CAGGCGCACCUUCAGUCCAAUUGGUUGGUGGCAACCCUGAAGGAGCCUGAAAAAACAGGAUAGCAAAGGCACACAAGCUGAGGUGGCGAGAAUCCCCCAGCCUUGUGCUCGGGCUUUCUGCUUCGGGAGUUAAGGGGAGGUAGGUUAGACUGGUGUAGAACCUGAUUUCACUCCAUGGCUGAAAUGCAGAGCCACUUUUUUGACGGCAUCUCCCUGAUCACCCAGGAGUACCAGCGGCUCUUGUCAGAGAAUAUCCAGCUUCGACAGUUUAUUGACAAGCCCGACUUGGAAACUUUUCAGGUGCGCAAGACGCUUCACCAGGAGGCCUGUCACGGUGCACAUGAGAGUGAGAAAGAGAUCACGGAGAAUGGCGCAGGGACCGCACUGGAUACUACAAACGAACCCACGAGUCAGAGCACAGUGCAGGUGGAGGAGACCGCAGAGUCCCUGAAGUCUCCUCGUUCGAAUAGUUCGCGUCCAUCUCGUGGGCUUGGGCUGGAACGAGCUGGGAGCCACGUGAAUUGGAGUGCCCUGCUGGACAACACGAACCAGCCUAGGCAUCCAAUCUUCAGUCAUGGCAAAGAGAUCAAGGCAGCUUUAGCAAACGACUAUUGUGCAGAGCUUCGCUACGAUGUGAAGAACAUGUACAAGACAAGAGGCAUUUGUCAAAGGAUUGCCAGGAAUUCUCUCUUUGAGAACUUCACAAUGGUGGUGAUCGUGACAUAUGCCAUCUACAUGUCAAUCGACCUGGACUUAAACGAGGGCGAUAUCAUCACAAACACCCCGUGGAUCUUCAUCGUUUGUGAGCAACUCUUUUGCCUCUACUUUUUCUUGGAGCUGUGCAUUCGCUUUUGUGCCUUUGAGAGGAAGUGCAAUAGCCUAAAAGAUAGUUGGUUUGUUUUCGACCUGGUGCUUGUCGUCUUGAUGGUCGCCGAGACUUGGGUGAUGAAUAUUGUGAUUGCUUUCAUGGCAUCUGGUGGUGCUGUUGAGAAUGUCUUCGGAGAUGCCUCUUUUCUUCGCAUCUUUCGCCUGAUGCGUCUGACACGGCUUCUGCGAAUGGCCAGACUUAUUCGAAUGGUUCCUGAACUUCUCAUCAUGGUAAAGGCAGUGGCAUCUGCAGCUCGAUCCGUGGGAUUUACCCUGAUCCUCUUGGGUAUUUGCCUCUAUGUUUAUGCCAUUGUUUUCAGGCUUCUGUUUGACCAAACCACCGCCGGAAAUGAGUACUUCCCAAGCGUCUUGAUGGCCAUGCACAAGCUCUUUAUGCACGGCACGCUGUUGGAUUCGGUGUCUGAGAUGAUGACAGAGUUGCUUAAGGAGAGUUGGAUUGGCUUUAUUCUAGGGUACUUCUUCAUUAUUUCGUCAGCCAUCACCGUGAUGAACAUGUUGAUUGGCGUGCUUUGUGAGGUGAUCACGGCUGUUGCCGAUGCAGAGAAGGAAGCCCUGCAGGUAAGUUGGACCACCGAGGUCCUGCAACAGUGCCUCACUGCGGGAGCUGAUACGAACAAUGAUGGCUGCAUCGACUUGGAUGAGUUCCAACACAUGAUUGAGAAUCCUCAAGUCCGAAGUGUCCUCAGAGAGGCCGACGUGGAUGCUGCGACCUUGAUUAACUUCGCAGACGUGCUCUUCGAGGGAGAAGGCGAUGAACUUCUCACCAAGAUCCCCUUCUCGGAGUUUAUGACCAGGACGCUGAAGUUGCGCGGCAGCAACACCGCCACUGUGAAGGACUUGGUCGAUCUGCGCAAGUGGAUGAGCAAGGAGCUUCUGGCACUGCGGAAGCUUAGCCGGAUGUCCAUGGCAAGUAUGGCGAUGCCAACGGCAAUGCCAUACUCUGUGAACCUGCCCUUUGAAUAUGUUUUGCACGUGUAGGCAUCCAAAGGAUCCCGACUGAAACUGCUAGAAUCAUGUGCGAA